CCAAUAAACUAAACCCUACCUUUUUGUUUUUAAUUCGAUAAUUCUCGAGACUCGACGAGAGCCUGAAAGUUCUCUCUCCUCUCUCAGCCCGGUCCCUGACUCUGCUCCAAAUGAAUUAAAAGUAGAGGGGCAACAAACAAGUAAAAGGCAGAAAAAAAGGAGAAACGAAAAAUGAAACGUUGAAGUUCUAAAUUCGGCGAAGAAGAAAGAAGAGAAAAAUGAGCAUAGUGGCUAAGGAAACGAUCGAGGUGAUAGCUCAAAGCAUAGGCAUAAAUAAUUUGUCAGAUGAUGCUGCUCUUUCUCUUGCUCCCGAUGUCGAAUAUCGCAUGCGCGAGAUUAUGCAGGAGGCAAUCAAAUGUAUGCGUCACUCGAGGAGGACUACAUUGACUACAGAUGAUGUUGAUGGUGCACUUAGCUUAAGAAAUGUUGAGCCAGUGUAUGGCUUUGCAUCUGGAGGUCCUUUGCAGUUCAAAAGGGCUGUUGGGCAUAGGGAUUUGUUUUACAUUGAUGAUAAGGAUGUGGAUUUGAAAGAUGUUAUCGAAGCUCCUUUACCAAAAGCCCCACUUGAUACUGGAGUCGUUUGUCACUGGCUUGCUAUUGAAGGAGUACAACCUGCUAUUCCAGAAAAUGCUCCUGUGGAAGUAAUUGCUGCUCCUUCUAAUGGCAAGACUUAUGAACAAAAGGAUGAACUUCCGGUUGACAUUAAGUUACCUGUUAAGCAUGUACUAUCAAGGGAGCUUCAGCUCUAUUUCGAUAAAAUCACGGAGCUCACUGUGAGAAAGUCGGAUUCAGCCCUGUUUAAAGAAGCAUUAGUGAGUUUGGCUACAGAUUCUGGACUUCAUCAAUUAGUUCCUUAUUUCACUUACUUCAUAGCUAAUGAGGUUUCUCAUGGUUUGAAUGAUUAUUCUCUUCUAUUUGCUUUGAUGCGUGUUGUUUGGAGUCUUCUCCAGAAUCCUCACAUACACAUAGAACCUUAUCUGCACCAAUUGAUGCCAUCUGUGGUGACCUGCCUUGUUUCCAAAAAGUUAGGGAACAGGAUUGCUGACAACCACUGGGAACUGAGAGAUUUUACAGCAAAGUUAGUUGCUUCAAUAUGCAAAAGAUUUGGCCAUGUUUAUAACACCCUUCAGACACGUCUUACAAAAACUUUGCUUAAUGCACUUCUAGACCCAAAACGGGCAUUGACUCAACACUAUGGUGCAAUUCAAGGGUUGGCAGCCCUAGGACCGAAUGUGGUUCGUCUUCUUAUUCUGCCAAAUCUUGAGCCAUACCUUCGACUCCUUGAACCAGAGUUGGUACUAGAGAAGCAAAAGAAUGGGAUGAAGAGAUAUGAAGCUUGGCGGGUUUAUGGUGCCUUACUGCAUGCAGCAGGUCAAGGCAUAUAUGAUCGCCUCAAAAUAUUUCCACCUUUGCCAUCACCUCCAGGCCAUGCUAACUGGAAGUCCAGAGAAAAAGUUGUUACUGCAGUGCCAAAUAAACGCAAGGCGAGCAUGGAGCCCUUGGAACACGAACCAGCCUUGAAGAAAAUAGUAACUGAUGGCCCAAUUGGUUUGGUUUCAACCACCUCCUCACCAUCUCCCAUGCAAGGGGAAACAGUGGCACCACUUUCAUCAGGUGACUUUGAUUCGGAGCAGCCAUCAUCAUCUGAAAAGAUGCCCAAUGAUGAAAGGUCGGGCAAUGGAAUUGGAAAAGAUGGUCAAACUUUGAAGAUGUCAGCCAUCCUUAAUCAAAUUUGGGAGGAUGACUUGAAUUCUGGACGUACAUUGGUAACAUUGUUGGAGCUGUUUGGUGAAAGCAUUCUCUCCUUCAUUCCAGCUCCUGAGAUGUCUCUGUUUUUGUAACAUGUUGCAGAAUAGCAGAUUUUUAUUGUUGUUGGGGUAGGAAUAUCAUCAUUAUCGUAAUUGAAGAUAAUUGUUUUAGU